AUGGCGUUGAGGCUCCCAUACCAGGUUGAAAUGUUUUUGCCAUCUCUAAUUCACCAGAAAUCACAAAUGUCUACAAUGUGACUUUUUAGUUAGGUUAAGAAUUCAGUAAAGCUUGUAUUUACGCUGGUGUAUAAUUCGUUUGUGAUACUAUGUUAAGAGACAUUGAGCACGUAAAAUAUACUUUUUUGUAGGUAAAGAAAGUCGCCGAUUCUCUUCAUCUUGAGAAUUCUCCAGAGUUUGGUGAAGAAUGGUACCAAUUCUUAUGCGAGGUAUGUUCUACAUGAUUACAUUUCACUUCGGUCAGUGUACAAAGGAAUAUAUUUUGUCUUAUUAAAACAAAAACAUGCUGUCAAACAGAUACAGUGGGAUAUUCACGUGCUUUUUCUUACGAAUGUUUUUUCGAGGCGACACAGUUUCUUAAAUAGUGAACCAGUUGCAUGUUUUGUUUUUUGAACAAUCCUUUAACAAGCAGAUCAUUUUAAACUUUGUCUGAAAUAACAGGAAGUUUCCUCAGCUUUGAACGUCUAUAUUUUUUUUGCAUUUCAGUAUCUUUUAAUCCAGCAAACGCCAUUUGUCCGACGACAAGUUAGAAAGGUAUUGCUUCUCUUUUGUUCUGCUGUAAACUGUAUUGUUCUGUGUGGACAUCGACUUACAGUAAUGUUGUUUGUUUGAUUGUUUGAUUUGGCAUGAUGAUGUUGUUGUUUGUUUGUCUGUUUUGUUUUUUAUUUUCAUCUAGAGCCUUCUUCUAAACUAUCCUCUUCUCUUUAACUGAUUUCACUUAUUUCGAGAUUUUCCAACUUUUUUGCUCUUUUGUAAUAUUUCAUAGUUUCGUUGACCUCGAUCGAAUGCUCCUCUUAGGCCUUCCUCGAACUUGCUAAAGAGUGGUUUUCCGCGAGCUUUGCAAAUUACGUGGCUGUGGUAGUGUUUUCCUUAGUACCUAAAACACGCGCGAGUUUUCUCUCGUUGUCCCUUCAUUAUCCAUUUCACGCUGAGAUAAAAUAUCGUUGAAAAUUGCAAAAUCUGCGAUUUCACGCAAUAUUUGUAGUUUUCUUGAAGGCCUCCAUCGAACUUUAUGUCCCUUUUUUCUUCCUCUACAAGCCUGUGAAUUUUUGCAGUUUUUGUAGUUGUUGACUUUAUUUUUUUUUCUUCCUUUUUUUUCCUGUUCUUAUGUAGCUGUUACUUUUCCUAUGUGGAUCAAAAGAGAGCUAUCGCCGACUGCGAGACCUUCAUGCUCUCAAGUCUCACAUGAAGGCGGUCAGGUAAACAGUACACUUAUUUAUUAAAUUACAGUAAAAAAACCCGCGUCUAAGAACCUACUUUUUUGAACUAUGGCAAAAUAAGUUAUUGUAUUUUGAGGUACUUAUUGGCAAUUUAGGCGAAGUCGGCUCCUAAUUAGGCUCUUAAUUUCCCUAACGAAACUGAUUACAGAAUUUACAUACAGUUUGGUACCAUAUGUUCUUGUUAUUCUUAAAUUUACAAUCUCAAAGUUACAUUCCUUGGUUAAAUUGUUGAUCAUAAUUUAACUGUAACCCACAUAUAAGAACCGGCUUGAUCUUGCUUGGCUAAACAGCUUCUUGUAUAUUUGGGUAUCAAAGUGGCAACGUUCUGCCAGGAGGUUCUUAUAAGCGGGUUUUCACUGUAUUUAAACCAUUCUCUUCUAUUAAUUUACACAUGAAUCUCGCUGUCGGUCAUUCUCUGAUAACCUACAUUGUAUCGGGGCCUACUGUAAAAUUGGCUGAACUCGAAGACUGUGUGCAUUCAGUUUACAUCUGAAGGGUGCGGUGUUGCCCUUUGUCAUUUCCUAUAGAUGUAGUGGGGAUAACUUGCUAAAAUAUAUAGCAAAUUCCUUUUAUUUGAUCAUGUUGUACGUGUUUAUUUUCUCGUUUUAUUUUCUCAUUGAUAUGCCAAUGAGAAAUUGGAUAGGGUUAAGAUUUUGACAAAUUUUUAUGUGGUUGUUUUAAAUGUCUCUUUUGAGAGGCUUGCCAAAAGAAACAAGGCUUGCCUUUCAAUGUGAAAUUAACGAGUUUACGUAUAUUUUUUCAGGGAACUUAGUGAACAAGGUGGAUUCAGUUAUGAGGUUUCCAAAUUUACACCAAUCAGUCUUCCAUAUGAUACUCUUAUUACUUUGGUAAGUACCGCUGUUAGACACUGUGUUUUAAUUACUAGAUAAUUUAUAAACUCUUAAACGUAUCCAUGAUAUGGAUGCCAAUGACAUCGUUAAGUAAGAGUGGUGAGGCUCACUCUGAUCUGAACUCUCCAGUAUUGACAAUUGAGGGUAUGUGCCUACAGUUGUGGUUUGGACGGGCACUGAAUGUAUAGGCAUUUUUAGGCACCAAUUAAGUAUUGUUUCUGGGAAUUCUUUUGACUGCAUUUGGCGCAACCUUUUUUGGAAACAUUAGUUCGUGCAACAUUAGGGGGGGGGAGAUUUCCAAACAGAGUUGGGGGAUUCGAAAACUGAGAAUGCUACAGGAGCAAUAAAAAAAUCCGAAUCGUGUUACGCAAGUUAAAUACAAAUACAAUAGUAAUUGCAUUUAAGAUAAUUAUUUUGCUUUGGUUCCAGAUUGAACACCUUAAAGCAUGUUCGGAAGUGGCAUCAAGUCGUAUAAGCAACUGGCAAGCAUUCUGUCUUCAGGAAAAAGGUACACACCACUUUUGAUCAUUAAUGAACUUAUGCAAUAAGACAGCAGAGGAAGAAGAAGGCAAACUUUACGUGACAAGCGUGACAAUAAUAACGUUUGAAAAACUUUCUCGCUAAACUUGACCCUCCUUUAAAGAUUUUUUUUUGUAAAGAACGGAACACUUUAAUGAUAAGUGAGGAUUACGAUAAAACACGCUAUUAAUAGUCCUGUCGCGUUUCUCUGACCCAAACGUGUUGCAACGGCUUUAACAGUUUUAUGUGUCGUGUGUUGUUGGAAUCAAUACGUCACGCUUCACUGUAUUGAAGCUCCUAAUGUUUACUGCAGACACGUUGCCAUUCCUGUUGAGGAGCAGCUACUUGUUUGAGGAGGGUGUCACGCCACUGAUGUUACAGCUUCUGGGUUAUGCCAUCUGUGAAAUGAAGUCACAGCCAUCUACCUCACCACAGAAGAGCAGUAAGAAAGACAAGGACAAGGAGAAAGACAAGUCAAAGAGUAAAGACAAGGACAAGGAUAAAGAUAAAGACAANUUGAAGCUCCUAAUGUUUACUGCAGACACGUUGCCAUUCCUGUUGAGGAGCAGCUACUUGUUUGAGGAGGGUGUCACGCCACUGAUGUUACAGCUUCUGGGUUAUGCCAUCUGUGAAAUGAAGUCACAGCCAUCUACCUCACCACAGAAGAGCAGUAAGAAAGACAAGGACAAGGAGAAAGACAAGUCAAAGAGUAAAGACAAGGACAAGGAUAAAGAUAAAGACAAAGAUAAAGACAAAACAGCAGGUAAUAUAGAAAGUCUUGAGGUAUUUUCUUGGCUAAAAUGUCACCGCAUAACCGAAGAGGUGUGGCUUUCACGUAAAAACUCUGCGGAAUGCAAAUAUGUGGGUUCGCUGCUAGCGGAGGCCUCUUUUCGGGGAAAUAUGCGGGUUGUUAUUUUUUUGUUGUUGUUUUAAAGGUCGUGUUGGCCUUGGCCAGCGCUGUAGCUGUGUAACUUGUCCAACAAUGACUUCGCGCAGGUUGUCAAAAUGUCAGUCACUAUCAACAACAGUCCUAUUGAGGAGUACACUCACUCGGAUAAUCAUAUUCAGUCUACUCAUAACACAAUUGCUGAGCUCAAUUAACAUUAUACAUGUAACUUGUUCGCUUACUUAAUUAGAGUUUGUGAAAAUUAGGGACGGAGUAAAGUUGUAUUGACUAUGUCUCAUUUUUCUUACAGGUUCAACUGACAGUGGAAGAAGCGAAGGUAAUUUAGUUGCUAUUGCUUUGUAUUACCGCAUUCCCACUCUUGAUUUGAAUGUUUUGCCAUGAACAUGGCGACAUGAUGUUGCCCAGCUAACAUUGCUGCAUGUUACGGCUUCUUACGGUUCUGUUAUGCAAUUUACCUAAUGUAUUAAUCAUCUCUUACGCUGUCUUAUACAUGUAACUAACGCUGUGCGAUUGCUUGAUUAAGAAAAGGGCAUUCUGCUCAGUAAAGACAGUCAGAUUUAGCGUCUUUUUAUCAAGCCAGCAUUAAUGGCGAUUGAUGAGAGUUGCCUUGUUUUUCUCUUGUUCAUAGCAGCUGCUCAAAGCCUGGUACAGUUGUUAACCGAAGCUGUCGAUGAAGACGUGAUGAGUCAGUUUGUCCAGAAUUUCCUUUUGGAAUCAAACUCCACCGCUGUGAGAUGGCAGGCACAUGAGCUGCUCUACAGCAUCUACAAGUAUGUUUAUCACCUGUUUAAAGUUUAGGAUUAAGAAUUGUAAAAAAAAUGUUAAUAUACUUGUAUUCUGGGACAUCAACAAACAACAAUAAACAACAACACUUUAUUCCGUUUUUAAAAAGGACAAUAUAUAACCGCAGUUAGCAUACCGUAAAAUUCCGUAAAUAAGCCCCGGGGCUUAUAUUUUUCAAUUAUAUUUUUCUUAUCUAUGGAGGGAAAUUUGCGUUUCAAAAUCGAUUGGGCUAGCCUUAUAGUUGGAAGGAAUUGUUACCGUUUUUGCCUUCUUUUACUUUGUAUUUGAGGGCAAUUUCCAAGUACAAGCCCCUGGGGGGCUUAUAUUUGGAGGGGUGAUUUAACGGAGGGUUUUUUGCGUUACGAGUUUGGGGGGCUUAUAUUUGGAGGGGCUUAUACAUGGAGGGGCUUAUUUUCGGAAUUUUACGGUAGCUAAUCGAAGUAGGUUAAAAAGAAUUAUAAAAAAAAAACAUCAAACAAAAUGAGCCGUCAAAACCAGGACAGAUUUGGAGGUAGCCUACGAAUCCGUCGCUUUCGUUUCAUUUUAGCCAAUCAAAAUAAAAUUGGGAGACGUACGAGGGAAUGGGGAUUAAUAGAGAACAAAAUGAGCGGAUGGUGGGGCGGAGCAGGGCGGGGGUAGUUUCCUCUCUUUGCCCACUUAGCGUAUGUCCUGCCAUGUGAGUUUCAUGCUUUUGCUCAGUAAGGAGGAUUUUGGUUGCCAAUCUGCUGGCUCUCUUGUGGCAAUGCAGGUCCAAGAUAGUGGAAAGCAGCUCAUAAUUUAUUGUUUUUGUUUGUUUAUAUGUAGAUAUUCAAACAACAGUCAGCAAGUGAAGCUAUCAAGUAUGAUGUGGAAAAUCUGGCCAUGUUUACCGGACUAUGGACGGCGAGCUGCACAGUUUGUUGAUCUUUUGGGUUAUUUCACGAUCAAGUGUGAAUCAAAUACUGAUGAGGUACUAACAAGUGUUUUGUGAAUUAAUUUGGUAUUAAAUUGAAGUGUUUGGGGCCAAGCGUCUCCAAUACAACCUUUGUACUGGGGUGAACAUACUGAUAAUUUAUAAUGAAUGACCACCGCACUGUUUGUCGAAACGUCAGGUACUGGCAACAACAGUCCUAUUCAGGACUACUUCUACCCGGACGAUCAAACACAACCUACUUAAGAAAUGACUCCUGGAUUCAAACCUUUUACAAUUUAUAAUGAGACAAGUGCAGAGAACGCAAAAUGUGCGACUUUGUAGUACCUGUGAUAAUGUUGCAGUUUUCAAGGUCCAGAAUAGUUUUCUACUGCGCUUUAACAAAAUUGGAACAAAAACUCCAAAAUUUCUGCCCCUUCAUCCUUGUAGCAAGGAGAGGAGGAACCAAAGAGAACGAAUAGAAGCAUCUUGAUGCUGAAAUAUUUUCUUGGACCUUCUCGAUUACAUUCAUUGUUGUCUCCUUAGCGAAAUUUUAAACCUCUUAUAGAACGAUUUAGCUGGUGAAUGUAGUUUGAAAAUAUCCUUUUUUUUGGCUAAUUAUUUUUUGGAGUCCAUCUUAACUUUGGCAUAUCUGCAGUUGCAGGAUUACUGUGUGAAAGCAGUUCAAGUUCUAACGAAGCAGAAUAAUGUUCUUUCCAACCAUCCGAACUCCAAUGUAUACAGGUGAGAGACUGGUCUCUUGCGGACUACCCUUUUUUGCAGAAACGGUAGUAUAAAAUUGCGAUAUUUAUGAGACUUGCAAGUCAAUCUGUGACGAAGAUAGCAAAGAUGGCGAAAAUUCACACCCUUGCGCUCUGUGUUUUUUAGGAUGUUGUCAGGAUUUGUAGAGUUUGAUGGCUAUUACCUGGAGAGUGAUCCUUGCCUUGUGUGUAACAAUCCGGAAGUUCCAUUCCAGGUGAGAUUUUUUUAUAACUAAUGCCUAUACAAUACAGUUAAGGAACUAUGCUUGCUCAAUGCGCCAUUACUUUUCUUGUUAUCGCUUUAUUUUGUUCUUUCUAAUGUACUGGCUUGAUGUUAUUAUCAAUAGCUUAGUCAAAAUAAUGCUUUAAAAGCCCAGGCUUUUCGUCCAAUGUUAUGUUUGAUCGCAUGGACGGGCCUAAGAUAUUUCAGAAUUUUUUCCAAAUACUCAUCCGGCCAUUGAUCUUUUGUAGAGCCUGAAGCUGUCUAAUAUCAAAGGAGACUCUCGCUUCACCACCACAUGUCAGCUUGUAAAACUGAUCGGAAGUCACACAAUCUCACGAGUGACACUAAGGAUUGCAGAUCUUAAACGGCAGAAAAUGGUAGGUUAUCAUUAAAAUAUUACAGCAAAUUCUUGUGAUAACUCAAACAGAAAUGCCCCUUUUUAGGCUGUUACUAUAUUUGUAGAGAUGAUUCUACAAGCUUAUCUCUUAUUGUCAGGUCCGAACCAUAAACUUGUACUACAACAAUCGCACGGUGCAAGCAGUUGUGGAACUUAAAAACAAGUGA